AUUAAAGUUAAGCUUGUCGCGGUCUUCUCGCGCCUUAGCGUCCAAUUCAAGACCAAGUGACCUUGGGACAUUCCAGAUACAACCAAAGCUUAACCUUGAAUUAACCCUUUAUCGUUUUCUCAAACAAUUCAACAACCGUUCACGUCGAAGGUCAUACAUCGCACAUUAACAUUGCAAAUACCACCUUACAGACCACGAUGAACGAGAGUGAAAAACAGAAAUAUGAGGAGCAAUCCAAGGAAUUGCGCGCUGAUCUAAAGCGAUUCGAAACUGAUUGGGCAAGUCGCAAUGGCGGCACAAAGCCACGUCGUGAGGACAUCAAGCAAAACCCGGACAUAGCCCAGAAGUAUAAGAAGUACAAUCAGGUUCGAGACAUCCUCUCAGGGAAGAUCCAACCUCCGAACCCUAAAGUCAAAGAAUCGGCGUCGUCUCGGAAGCGCAUGCCGGAAGAGAACCUUGCGGAGACACCUUCGAAACGGUCGAAGCCUGUUGAGACACCCUCUCAGAUGCGCCAGCAAAUCAUAGAUCCAGAGUUAUUUGCCACGCCUUCUACUACGCGCAAACUGUUUAGCCCAGCUUUACCUACUUCAAUUGGGCCUACUCCCCAGAGAGAUGGACGGAUACUGGGCUUAUUUGAUCUGAUGGAUGAGAAUGAGGAGAACACGCCAUCCAAAGGUCCGCCUAGCCGACCUUUGCGGGAUAACAAAGUUCAGGCCACACCCAGCAAGGGGACUUCUCAGAUGGGCAAUGUCGAUGCCGUACAACUAGGCCAAACCCCAACAUCUAUAAGUAAGCGUGGUGUGUUAUUUAAGACGCCGUCGAAGCGACAAGGGGACAACACUGCGCUAGGCAGAACACCAACUUCAGUCAGCAAGUUACAGCUAUCUACUCCAUCCUUCCUCAGGAGGGUUCCUCUGGCAACAGUUGACGAGAAUGGCGAUUACAUAUCCCCUGCUCCCCUACGCCUACCGCGCAAGCCACUAGGCCGUAGUCUGAGCAGCGUGGUAGCCAGUCUACGAAAGUUGGAGGAAGAGGCGCUCGACGACGAACUUGAAGCCUUGCACGAGAUGGAGAACGACGCGGGUCCGUCAAACGCCACACAACCUACGAAACCCGUGAAGCCAAAGGAGGACAUUCUUGAGCCAGACAGCCAGGCGCAACAGCUUCUUGGCGGAUUUGAUGACGAGGGACGCUACGACAGUCCGACAGAAGACAACGUGGGCCGUGAUGGACGGCCGCUGAGGGUCUAUAAGAAGAAGGGACAGAAGCGUACUACGCGACGAGCGAACAUGAGACCGACCCGGUCUAAGCGACCACAGGAGUCUACGGAGGACGACCAGCACACUGAUGCUGAGGAUAUCAUACCCGAAACACAGGCCGACGCUACGAAGGUUGACCAAGAACCACUAGAUCUAGGGUCCGACUCGGAGUUUGACCCUGUAGAGGGCGAGGAAGUCGUAGAGCCUAAGCAGAAGGGCCAAGCCGGGAAGGCUAAGAAAGCGGAUAAGAAGGAGGGCACGGUACGCAAGGCGGCGAGAAAGGUCAACGAGCUGGCACAUACGAACUUCAAGAGGCUGAAGUUGAGGAACAAUGGGGCAAAGGGACCGGCGGCCGGGGGUAGAUUCCGACGCCGUAGAUGAGACGCCAAAUGACGGGCAUGCGAUGAUUCAGGUACCAUGGCAUUAGAAGCGCGAGAGCUUAUCAAAAUCGGCUCUCGCUACAGGUAUGCUAUGCAGGCCUUUGUUGUACAUAGAGUACAUUAGUGGGCUCUGAAUCAGACAUGGGUUAACAGAAUUUUGAAAUCAUGAACUCUCAAUAUACCGGACGCG